AAGCACAAGCGGGGGCCACAGCUGAGACGCCAUUCUGAUUGGGAUAUGAGGAUGUUGGAUCAUGACAGAAGCUGAAGAUAUUCAUAUCACAGCUAAAUCCCAAUUUUCUACUCAGGGCUAGCAGAGAUGCCGUCUUUCAAUAUCCUUCCUCCAUUGUCGUCGCUUCAAAACCCUACUUGGGACCCAAUUCACUUCUUCAGACCUAUUAGCCCCUUCAAUUUCCACCCACGUUCCAUAACCCUAACUAACGGUUUUUGCUUGAGAGUCCAGAACUGCAGACCCCAUUGCCGGAAGAUUAAUUGCAAUGCUUUGAAGGAUUCCGGCGAAGAAACUAAGGUUGUUUUGGACUCCGGGGGCGGCGAUGAUGGCGGAGGGAGUGAUGGUAACGGCGGUGAUGGUGGCGGUGAUAGGGACGCGCAGAAAAAAGAUGAGUCUCCGGGGCCUUUGCCAGAUUGGUUAAAUUUCACUUCUGAUGAUGCAAAGACCGUCUUUGCGGCACUGGCAAUCUCGCUUGCGUUUCGGUCUUUUGUGGCCGAGCCGAGGUAUAUUCCUUCGUUGUCAAUGUAUCCUACAUUUGAUGUUGGAGAUCGAAUUGUUGCAGAAAAGGUUUCAUACUAUUUUAGAAAGCCUUGCACGAACGACAUAGUAAUAUUUAAAAGCCCACCAGUCCUUCAGGAAGUUGGGUACACCGAUGAUGAUGUCUUCAUAAAACGAGUGGUUGCAAAGGAAGGUGAUAUUGUGGAGGUUCGUAAAGGGCAUCUUAUAGUUAAUGGGGUUGAAAGGAAUGAAAAGUUCGUCCUUGAACCACCUUCUUAUAACAUGACACCUACACGUGUGCCGGAGAACUAUGUUUUUGUGAUGGGAGACAAUCGUAAUAACAGCUAUGAUUCGCAUGUGUGGGGUCCUCUGCCAGCCAAGAACAUCAUAGGAAGAUCAGUUUUUCGGUAUUGGCCACCAAAUAGGAUUGGCAGCACAGUUUCUGAAGAGAGUUGCCCUGUUGAAAAUAACCAGGGGACUAGUCUAGCUUCGCAAUAGAAUUUCUUCAUCUCAUCCCAACAAUUUAAAGGGAUGCUUCUCUGUGAACUGUAAGAUAAUUUUAGCCAAUGUUGUUGCAUUCCCAUUAUUCAUUGAUUCUGUAAAAGGAAUAGGACACUCGGGCAAUUUUUGGUGGCCCUUCUUGGUUCAUGUAAUAUUCUAUAGACACAGAAUUUUAGGCACAGAGGUGGUUAGUACAUUUCUCCUAAUGACUAUGUUCGACUUUUUCUUUAACAUUAUGCAGUUUUACUGUUUGUUAGGCAGAAAAA